AUGGAUCUGACAAAUAUUGCCACAUGGGUUACUACCGUAGUUGUUAUUUUCAUCACCGCAGUAGUGACCAAGAUUAUUGUAACUGGAAGAAGGGCUACGUUUCAGGCAGUAUGUAGUAGGGCACACCCACCUGUUGUGAAUGGUCCUUCUCUCAUAAAACUUGUGCAUGUGGUCCUUACCAAGGGUCUGCGAGAAAUGAUCCGUGACCAAUAUCGAGCGUUGGGGAGUGUGUUCACCUUAAGUUUCUUUGGAGUGAAGAUAACAUUCUUAGUCGGGCCUGAGGUCUUGGAUCAUUUCUAUCAAGGGCUAGAGUCAGAGAUUAGUCAUGGUAAUACGCUUGAGUUCAUGGUGCCCAUGCUUGGCAAAGAGGUUGGCUUUGGUGUAGAUGUCGCCACCCGCAAUGAGCAGAUGCGGUUCCACAAUGAUGCACUGAAACUGUCAAAGUUGCGAAGUCACACGGAUCCCAUGCUUCAAGAAGUAGAGCCGAUGCUUACUUGGGAGGAGAUUCAGGAGAACAUGUUCGAUGAGGUUCACACGUUGUUUCGUGAACUCAACGGCGGCAUGAGUCUAGCCAGCGUCUUGUUCCCUUACGCCCCAACUCCGACGAACCGCAGGCGUGACCGAGCACGGGCCAAACUCUCCAAGCUAUUUACUGAGAUCGUGAGAUCACGCAAGAGCUCCAACCGGACUGAAGGGGAUGUUCUACAGAAUUUGAUAGAUUCCGAGUACAAGGACGGCCGCCCCACAACUGAAGCGGAGGUCACUGGUCUGGUCAUCAUGUUGCUCUUCGGCGGGAAGCACACCAGCUCCGUCACUAGUACCUGGACCGGAGCCUGCCUGCUCACCCAUGAAAAAUGGCUGGCUGCUGUCAUUGAGGAGCAAAAGGAGAUAGCUAGGGUAUAUGGUGACCGGAUAGACUACAACGCGCUGCUACAGAUGGAUACCCUGCACUGUUGCAUCAAGGAAGUCCUGCGUAUGCACCCUUUGGUACCAGUGUUUUUCCGCAAGGUACACAAGAGCUUCACGCUACGGACCAAAGACGGCGCUGAGUAUGAGAUUCCGAGAGGGCAUACCCUCGCAAGCCCUGCAUUGUUCAACAACUACCUGCCAUACAUCUACAAGGACCCUGGUGUGUAUGACCCGGACAGGUUUAGUCUUGAAAGAGAGGAAGAUAAAGUUGGUGGCAAGUUCUCUUUCACGGCGUUUGGUGGUGGAAGGCAUAGCUGUGUCGGCGAAGCAUAUGCGUACAUGCAAAUUAAGGUGAUAUGGAGCUAUUUGCUCAGAAAUUUUGAGCUCAACUUGGAGUCCCCAUUCCCUGAGACAGACUGGAGCAAGCUAGUGCCAUCGCCCAAAGGAAAAGUAAUGGUGACGUAUAGGAGGAGGGUGGCUGCCUAG